ACAUUUUUGGUUAUUAUUUUUAGUCCUUGUUGACAUGUCAUUUUAGGUUAGUUAUCGCUUCUCAGAGUAAACUUUUACGUCGAGUAAACAAGAAUUAACAAAAAUGACGUCCUGCCUAGAAAAUGUACAAAUUCCAACGUGCAUGUGGUUUGAAGGAGUUGAAAAACGAAAUGCAUUAGUAUCGAUAUUGGCUAGCACAUUGUUUUUUGCAGGAUGGUGGAUUAUAAUAGAUGCUCAUGCAAAAUAUCCCGCAGAGAUGGUAACCGCAUAUCAUGUCUGUGGAGUAUUUGGUACAUUAUCUCUAUUUAUGGUCAACUCAGUAUCAAACGCUCAAAUAAGAGGAGAUGAUUAUAAUGGUGGGCGCUUAGGAGUCAGAGGAGCCAGAAGUUGGUUAUUCGUGGGCUUUGUCAUAGGCUUUGCAGCAGUUAUUGCAGCCUGUUGGAUCUUAUUUGCAGACUUUGUAGCUCUAAGUGCUCAGCAUUACUGGCCCGGAAUAGGAUUAUUUUUACAAAAUGUAUUUAUAUUUUUGGGAUCUAUGACAUUUAAGUUUGGCCGAACUGAAGAUCAGUAUUAACGGAGACAUUUUGGUAAACCUAUACAAAAGUUUCACAAAGGAUUGCUUUUAAUUAUUAAUAUAUUAUGAUUUUCAAAAUGUGCUAGCACAUUAUAAAUAUUUCAACUUUAUUUGGAUCGAUGGAAAUCUCAAAUAUUCAGCUGAUCAUACAAGUGCAAGGAUAAAGGAUUAUUUGGUUUUUGAUCUUGCAUAAAACUUACAUGUAGAUGUGUAUGGUAAUAAUACUAUUAAUAAUUCAUACCUUGAAAAUUGCAAUCCAAAGAUAUUGUAAAAAUGAUUUAAAUGUGGAUGCGAUGAUCUUAAUGCUUCAUAUGAUAUUUAAGUGAAUAUAAAAAUGUUAAUAAUCUCUAUUUAUAAAUAAUUACAUUAAAGUACAUACAGUAGUAGUAAUUUCCU